CAUUGAAUUAAGAAUAUCAUUCGUGAAGUCAGUCAGGAGUGUCUUCGUAAAGAAAUUUUAAUUAAAGCAUCAUUUUGGUUGGCUCUAAGUAUGAAGGCAUUCCAGGAUCUGGCUGCAGAAUAAGAGUAAAGGAGCUGUCGGGCACGACCCUGUACUGCUACAAUGGUGAGGUGCUUCACCCAAGAGGAGAUUCGUCAGCUUCUGCACAACAAGUUUGUGGUGAUUCUAGGUGACUCAAUUCAGCGUUCUGUAUACAAGGACCUAGUGGUGCACCUGCAGAGGAACAACUUUGCAACAAAUGCUCAACUGAAAUCAAAGGGAGAACUUUCAUUUGAGGGUGAUGUCCUUGUGGAAGGAGGAAAGUAUGGUGAGCUGACCAAUGGCACAGAUUAUAGGGAGGUCCGCCAGUAUCGGACAGAUCACCAUCUUGUACGCUUUUACUUCUUGACACGGGUUUAUUCUGAGUACUUGGAGAGCAUUCUGAAUGACUUUGUGAAUGGCCCACAGCCAGAUGUAAUCAUCAUCAAUUCCUGCGUCUGGGACGUAUCAAGAUAUGGUUCAAAACCAAUGAAGCAAUAUACACAGAAACUCGACAAACUCUUCACUAGACUUGGGGAUACCAUUUUGUCAGAAUGCCUUGUUAUUUGGAAUAUGGCUAUGCCACUGGGCAAGAAAAUUAGUGGAGGCUUCCUGGUACCAGAGUCUCAAGUCCAGAAAGAAUUGGCCAAAUUCCCUUUUGAACAAGGAACAAAACCUAGUCCCUUAGCCAGAGUUUCUGUUAAUUCGGACUUUGACAGUAGAAGUGUAAUUGUAAAUCUGAAAGUCACCUUUCCUGUUGUUGCAGAGGCUGACACGUUGGAACGCUUCAUUUAA